GUCAUCAGUGUUGACAUUUGACAUUUUGGUGGAGAAUCUUUGUUUUUAGUUUCUGAAAUUAAAUAUUAUUAUAGCAAAAAUAAACACGACAAUGUGUUAGAAAGAAAGUUUAACGAAAAGUUAGUGUUGUUUUCUUUUAUUUGCAGCAGUUUACAAUGCAUGUCAUGCAAAUCUUUUGUCAAUAAAAAAAUAUUAAAUUUUCGCACAAAUCGAGUGGGUUUUUAGUGACAAUAUUAAAAAAUGAAGCCUGGAAAGAGUGUAGAUGUUAAGGAGGAGAUAGCAGAAGUGCAUACGUCUGCUCGCUCACCGUCUCCAAUACAGAAAUCAAAAAGAUCACGAAGUCGGUCGGGUUCGCGAAAAAUGUCAAAUGGUCAUGCAGUUCCCGAUGAAACUCCGGUCUCCGAAGAACCUACCGGUGAUAAAUCGAAACGAGACAGUUGGAUUAAAUCUGAACACGAAUCCCUCGACACGGAACUACCAAUCCAUGAUCAAAUUAAACAAGGAAUUCUUGGUUUUGUUGAAAAAGAGUUGAAAAAUUCGGACAAGAACCCGUCAUUUGUGUUCUAUUCCCAUGAUCCUAAUCAUAUGGAUGAGAAGUUUAUGAAGACUUUGUCUAGACCUUCGAGUGGUCAUAAGGAAAAGCGGAGCCCUUCAUAUCGUAAAAAGAAACGGCAUUCUUCAAGACAUCGGGAUAGAGAUCUACAUGAUUUUGAUAUACCUGGGUCUAGUCUUAGUGCCUUGGAAAGGGUGGAUGACUACCUCAAAGAGUACAAAAGAGAUGAAGUGGUAACUCUAAGCGGAGAACUAGAGAUUGAGAUGAACGAUGUGGAGAACAAUAAUGGUAUAUCUAAGGAACUACGUAAUAAGCCUCGGAAGACCAGAAGGAAAGUUAGGGAGGAGAGACAGGACAGCAGUGCCAACGGACGAGAUGUCAGCCCUAAAGUGUUUAAGAGUACUAAGAAUAAAACCGGGACAAAGCCAGUACGCCCAACAGACUUGACAACCAUGUUGGAGUCUCUAGAGUCCAGUAUGCCUUAUCAUGACCAGUACAUUGACAAUCCAUUCUCAUCACCAUCACCCCUGACUUCACCCAAUGAUGAGAGACUGGAUCCAUUUGGGUCUCGUAGACCGGAGAAGAUAUACCUCCAGGGUGGUGGGACUUUUAGAGCGGUUUCCAGAGAUAGAAUAUUGGAGUCUCAACAAUCAAGAGACGGUGAUAAGUAUUUAAGACUGGGCGACUUAACUCCUUUAGACGUGGCAUUAACAUUACAAAAAGCCUGGCGUUCCUCGGCUCCAGCUUGCCACGGAGUGCUGGGAGGUCUCUCAUUGAUGCACCUACUCCUCAUCAGCUACUCCGAUGGAUUAGAUGCUGGACAUCUCUCGUUUCAUGCAGUCGUCACCAUGCCUUACGUCGCUACUUAUUAUUUCUUUUGCGUUCUGUGUCUAUUAUCUGUGUUGGAUAGAUUGGAUGUGACUAGUUUAGACCUGACCAGAGGUCUGCAGCCGUACUUCCAACCUAUAGUCCUGGUGAUGCUAUACACAGCGUGUCUGCUAGUCUGUACUGCAGCCAGGAUGUAUGAUGAGCUGAUGGUCUACCAGUACGCACCGUUAGUCAACAAUAUCACAAGCAACGUUACUACUCCAACAAUACCAACGUUCUACCACACUUGGACGCAUUUUUCAAUAUGGCGCGCAGUCCUAUCGAUAUUAGGUCUGGUGUACUUCAUCAUAUCCAACCCUCAAGAUUUGGUCUUCACUAAUUUAAGCAAGUUAUUACAAUUUAAGCAUUCCCUUCAAAGUAUUGGAUGAUUCUCCUUAAUACCGCUUAGUUUAAGGUAGGUGCGUAACUAAAAGUCUUGCCACGGGUUUAUAGUCUUAAUUCCUUAUAUAAUAAGCGCCUAUUUAACCACCUUCAUAUAAGUUCUCUAUAAACUGAUGUGGAACAUACAUAGAUUAUACAAAUUACGUUCGCUAUUCAAAUUUAUACUGUACAUAGGGGCUUUUUAGACAUUGUGAAACAGGCUCUAAAUAUAUUUAACGGCUUACUCAUAUAAGUUUUCGACGAGUUGACUCGACUCGUUUCGUGACUAUGAGUUCUAGCGUGGCUAGAAACUAGUCGGGUUAGCUUGUCAAACAGUAAACUGAAUGUCGUUAUUGUUCAUAUCAACAGUUUUUAGCUUUGUAGGGUAAUGAUCAUAGUCUUGAAUGUCAUUUCUAACGAAAAGCACAAAUAAAUAACCAAAGAAAGGAAGAAACCAAAUAAAACCAAUAAAGGCUAUUAUUCUGUUUUCUAGUGGGUAUUUAGAGAAACUAAAGAAAUUAUCUUUUGAAUGCGACUCUGUAUUUUCUUCUAGUCACAUAUUGCAUUUAUUGAAUGACAUACUUGAAGUAUUAGUUUUAAUUUACA